AAUCAAUACGGUUUAGUGUCCACAGUAAACUGGGCGAGGCAGUCGACACAAGCCACCAGCGGUAUAGGAUCCUUACAACACAGAGGAGUUUCUUCAAAUGGAGGCCUCGAGGAAGAAUAUGUCAGACCUGGAGGAGGGCAUGGUCACUAUCAUCAAAGUUUUCCACAAAUACUCGGGUCACAAGUGCAAGCUAAAGAAAGCAGAGCUUAAAGCGCUUAUCAACAAUGAAAUGAGUCAAUUCAUAGCGAAAAUUCAAGAGAAUGAAACUCUGGAUAAGCUUGUUGCAGACCUUGACCAGAACGGAGACCUGGAGAUUGACUUCAAAGAGUUCAUCACCUUCAUCGCCAUGGUUACCUCAGCAUGCGAUGAACUCUUCAUCCCAAACGAUCAUAAUGAUUAGUUAGCAUGUAUAGCUACUUAUUAGUUAUUAAACAUCUGAGGAUCACAGAAACGGAGUGUCUAACUUGUUCGAAAUGGGGCUGAGUGAUUUGUGUACAUAACAUGUUGUCUGAGAAGAUUUAGACCAAAUUGAUGUUUAUUGAAAAUCUAAACACACAGCUCACACAAACAUGACACAGACCUAGCCAGCUUAGCUAUUUUCCAUAACACAUGUAAAAUUAUCUUGCCUGGUGUUUUUUUAUAAAAGCAUCUCUUUAUCAGCCGAGAUCCGCUGCUCGUGUGAGUAACGUUACAUCCCAGUACAAAACACACAGCCAUCGUAGCUUUCUUGUUACGUAAUUUCAAAGUUUUAUACUUCAACAGUUUUUUGACAAACUGAGACUUUAUUGACUUGCAAAAUUAUCUUUUAAAUUGAUGAAUAUCAUAUGUAAAAUCCAUGGCUCAAUUCAGACAGGA